AUGGCCUCUGGAAACGAGAAAAAGGCCGCUCCGACGACCAAGGACUCGCCCUCCACAAAAUCCUCCAAGAUGCAUAGACGGUCGAGAUCAGGCUGCUUCACCUGUCGUCUGCGACGCAAGAAGUGUGACGAAGGGAAGCCGAAAUGCAAGGCAUGUAGACACUUGGGCCUUGACUGCGAAUACAAGCGGCCCCACUGGUGGAGCAACAACGAGACAAGGAGGAAACAGAAAGAGCACAUCAAGACCAUCAUCAAAAGAACGAAGUCAACCGAAAAGAAUUCGAGUGCUCAAAGUCAAUAUGCUCAGAACAAUGCCGCACAAUCUUUCUCGGAGGACUCGCAAGACGAAUACGACACCGCCUUCGACCCCUCCUUCGCGACCACCCCAGGCCUUUUUGACCCGUAUGGUCCCAACAUCUACAUGGCUCCCGACCCGUACGGGCAGGCGAUCCCCUGGGAGGUGGAUGUCAAGACGGAGCGCCACACUUAUGUUAACGACGAACUCACUCGCCGCGACUCGUCGAUAUCAACCUUUAGCACCUUCUACCCACCACCUGCUCAUGCGACUUUGCCGUCGUAUACUGGAGAUGACUGGGUACAGCAAGACAUCUUUGAGAGCCGACAAAACUCUUGGACCGAGGGGGAUUACGACUUCAAUAACCUUGAGGUACCCCACAUUGCGCAUGAAUUCGAGCCUCAAUGCUCCCUGGUCCAACUCGAGGAUUGCGACCAACCACUAUUCGAACACUUGCUGCAAAACGUGCUGCCACUGCUGUUCCCCGUCCUCGAGGCCUACCAACACGGAUCGGUCCGCUCAAAUGUGAUCCUGCCUUCGCUCGAAAACAAUAAGGCAUACCUACAUUCCUGCCUUCUGGCGGCAGCCACUCACAUGAAGGGCAACAGGCAAUUCUUGAGCAAUACCGCGGAUGACGAUGCGAUGCGUCACAAACUUGCCUUCGUGACAAUCGUGGUCGAUGCCCUCAAUAGUGAUAGCCAGCAUAGCGAGAUGCUGGAUGCUCUACUCGGCAUGAUUUCGAUGCAAGGCUGUGUCGGCUCGGCUCUAGAGCUUGAGAAGGAGCUGAUCCCUUGGCACCAGCACUUCCAGGCCGCCGCAGACAUUGUCCAAAAGCUCAACCUCCCCCAGGACUUGGAGAGCAAUGCCCCGGCAGGAGGUUACCCCCCGUUUAACAUGAGUCUGACAGCAUGGAUUGACAUCCUCGGCGCGACGAUGCUCGGCAAGGCCCCACGAUUUUCUCACACUUAUCGCAACAUGUUCUUCGCUGGCGCGUCGACGGGACUCGAGAGAUUGAUGGGCUGCAACGACUAUGUCAUGUACCUUCUGUCGGAAGUCGCGUGUCUCGACUCGCUCAAGGUCGAGGGUAAACUGGACGACUUCGGAAUGUGUAGCCACAUCACUUCGCUGGCGGGCACGCUAGAUUCGAUCGAGCCACAGGAACCUCUGCAACUUCCCUUCAACAAGGCCGGCGUCCUGCGACCGAAGCAGCUGACCAAGAACAUCACCGCUAUCUUCCGCAAGGCCGCCCGUGUCUAUCUCUGUUCGCUGGUCCCGGAGUACAACCGCUACCAGACUGCGACCGUCAACCUGGUUUCGCAGAUGGCCGACCUCCUCCAAUUCAUCCCUUCUGGUCCCACCGGCUUCGAUCGAUGCCUCGUCUGGCCCAUGCUCAUCUGCGGCGCGAACUCCAUCCCGGCGUCUCCGUUUCGCCGAGUCCUCUCGGAACGGUGCGACCUGCUUGGCGAAGCCGCCGACCACGGAUCCUUUGGGCGGAUGGUGCGCCUGUUGCACGAGGUCUGGAGACGCAAUGACGACAUAGUGAUUUCUGCCGGAGUCUGUGAAGCCACCCCCGUGACAGCUGGAAGCCCUGGAGGAUCGAUCUCGACGCCCAUCGCCGCCGCCACGAUAGCCACCGGAGCCGGAAACCUAGCAGGAGCCAACUCUUCUUCUUCGACAACGACAGCGACAACAGCAGUACCGAGGAACCAGAACGUCCACUGGCGGGACGUGAUGCAGGAAAACAAAUGGGACUUUCUUCUGAUCUGA